CAUACGCUAGGAGAGUGGACUAGCGACGGAAACAGGACACACAGUGAUUUGGAACGACUGCACUUUCCACAACUGGCCGUUAAACAGACGGAUCUGCUGGUUUUGCUUCUGAUGGUGCGCUGGGGAAACGAGGACAGUCCGACUGCUGAGCGCUGGCUCCACUCUACGGCAUGCGAGUUUGUUUCCAGGACGGACAUGAGCGAUGUUCCGAGCGUCCGCGCUUCGACGGAUUCGGUGGACGGCCAGAUGUUGAGCCAGCUGCAGCUGCCAGGUGAGCAAGUCACACUCGGGCAAGCCGCUUAUCCGGAGAUGGAGCCCGAGCGCACGCGCCUCGCGUCCUUCAGCAGCUGGCCCGCGAGCUCUUUCGUCCAACCGGAUACACUGGCGCGCGCCGGCUUCUUUUACACAGGUCAAAGUGAUAAUGUGAAGUGUUUCUUCUGCGAUGGUAAUUUGAGGAACUGGGAUCCUGGGGAUGAUCCAUGGCAGGAACAUGCCAAGUGGUUUCCAAGAUGUGAGUACCUGAUCCAGUCAAGAGGACGAGAGUAUAUCAACAAUGUACAGCAGUCAUUCUUCAACACUCCCGAGCUGGCUAGUGAAUCCCAGAAUUCAACUGCAAGAAAUGUUACCACUAGACAUGUUGUGCUAAGCGGGCAGAGUGCAUCAGCAGCAUGCAUGUUCUCACCGGUCGUGCAGGCGGUGCUAGAGAUGGGUUUUGAUCAAGCAUCAGUUGAGGGUCUGGUCCGGUCUCAUUUUCUCCUCACCGGCAACCAAUACAUUUCUGUCUCCGAUCUGGUGGCGGAUGUCCUGCAAGCUGAAGAAGAGCGGGGGCAGAGCAAUGAUAAUAACACAGAACCUGUUGUAAGGCAGAGCAGCAGUGCCAGUGAAAUGAAACUGCAGACCUCACAUAGGGAGAAAGUUUUGGUGACCCUGAGUGCUGAAGAACAGUUGAAGCAGCUUCAGGAGGAACGAACCUGCAAAGUUUGUAUGGAUAAACCGGUGUCCAUGCUGUUUAUUCCCUGUGGUCACCUGGUUGUGUGUUCUGAGUGUGCGGCCAGCCUGAGACACUGCCCUAUCUGUAGAGCAGUGAUACGUGGCAGCGUGCGUGCUUACAUGUCGUAAAGACUACCAUACACACCUGCACAACUGAGAGACGGUGUUUAAAAAAGCUCCUUUAAUUCUAGUUAUCCUUGAAUUAUUGAAAGUAACCAUUUAGUCCACAGACGCCCAACUUUGGUCCUGGAAUACACCCUGCCCUGGACAUUUUAGCGUUUUACUGCUCCCAAAAUUCACUCACUCACUCAUCGUCUACACCGCUUUAUCCUGUAUUUAUGGUCGCUGGGAGCCUGAACCCUAUCCCAGAAGACACACACUGCAUGAUGCACACUCACACACUCAUUCACACACUAUGGGCAAUUUGGGAACGCUAUUUAGCCUAAUCUGCUUGUCUUUGGAUUGUGGGAGAAAACCGGAGUACCCGGAGGAAACCCACCAGGCACUGGGAGAAUCGAAUCCAGACCCUGGAGGUGCAAGGUGACAGUGCUAACCACUACACCACCGUGCCGCCCUGCUCCCAAAACACUUAAUUAAAAUAGUGAGAUGGUGAGAUAACAACUCCUUUGAAAGUGGGUGCUGUAACAAGGUAAACUAUUAUAGUAUUAUAGUGUGUGCACAAAAGAGGCAUCUUAGGUUUAGGGCUGGAGACCUAUGAUGUAAACAACAAAAUGCUGAC